CCAACCAUAAUCAGGAGUUCAGAAUCAUGGAUGAUGCCCGAGUUCUACCACAGUCAGGCUCGAAGGAGAGUGAUCGGAUCAGCAUGUUGCCCGGGCAGCCGUCGGUUAACUUCAAUCAGUAUGGAGGUUAUGUUACGGUAGAUGGAUCCGCUGGUCGGGCUCUUUUCUACUACUUUGUUGAAGCUCCGGAUGCCAUGUCCAGACCUCUCGUUCUUUGGCUCAAUGGAGGUCCUGGGUGUUCUUCACUUGGAGAUGGGGCAAUGACGGAACUUGGUCCAUUUAGAGUGCAAAGCGACGGCAGAACACUUUAUCGAAACCCAUAUGCAUGGAAUCAAGUGGCCAAUGUUUUGUUCUUGGAGUCUCCUGCUGGUGUAGGUUUUUCCUACUCCAACACAAGUUCCGAUUACAGUACAAGAGGAGAUCAAAGUACAGCUGAGGAUAAUUACGUGUUUCUGGUGAAUUGGCUAGAGAGAUUCCCUGAAUACAAAACCAGAGAUUUCUAUAUAGUUGGAGAGAGCUAUGCUGGGCACUAUGUGCCUCAGCUUGCCAAUGCAAUUCUCCAAAACAAGAAUGCAGGAAUGAACAGUAUCAAUCUUAGAGGGAUCAUGAUUGGCAAUCCAUUGAUCAAUGGGGAAACCGACAUGAGGGGCAUGUAUGACUACCGUUGGACACAUGCUCUAGUUUCUGAUCAGAUCAAUAACGCUAUCAACAGUUACUGCUAUGCCAGUUAUCAGUCUGAACAGUGCAAUUACGCCAUGAACCAGGCUAAUGCAGCUGUCAAUUCGAUCGAUAUCUACAACAUUUAUGCCCCAUUGUGUGCUUCUGGAGCAAAUCCCACAAUAGCCGCAUCUCUGAAUUGGGAUCCAUGUGGAGAAACUUAUGUGCGGAAUUACAUGAACCUUCCUGAGGUCCAAAGGGCCCUUCAUGCCAAUGUCAUUAGACCUGGUUUCUAUUGGGAACAUUGCAGCAAUAUGAUCAACAGUAACUGGAGAGACAGCGCAUCAACCAUUCUUCCCCUCUUACGGCAGUUUAUGGCCAAUGGGAUUCGUGUUUGGGUGUUCAGUGGUGACGUAGAUGGUUUAAUUCCAGUAACUUCAACAAGAUAUUCUCUGAAUACGCUUCAACUUGCGGAAUCCAUUCCAUGGUAUCCUUGGUUCGCAAACCGGGAGGUUGGUGGAUACAGUGUUGUAUACCAAGGUGGCCUAACAUUUGCUACAGUGAGAGGAGCAGGUCACGAGGUCCCAAAGCACCAGCCGUCCAGAUCACUUACACUUGUCAACUAUUUCCUGGCUGGCCAGCCCCUCCCCAGAUCAAUGGGUUAACUUAUUCUUUUUACAAAUUAAGUCUGAGCCAAAAGGAUCUUCAAAAGAUCAGUAUUCAGUAGGUUAAAAUAAUCUCUUCAAUUUCACAGAGCAGUAGAGAAUCAAUUUUUAGGUUACAAGAAAAAAAAAUCAUAGUUUAAGAUAAUGCUUUAGAGUUUUUGUGUCAA